AUGGCGAACCUUGGUGUCCCUGUCGACAAGGUCCCGGAGGAUAAUACUGUCCAUGCCCUACAUGCACGCAUUCUUGCGAAGCGCCAAGCGAGAAUGGCAUGUGCACUCGCACGCGAGCAAACUCUAGCAGUUCGUUCGCUCGCCGGCCUUCCUCCCAUAGAGGAGGAUUUGGAGGAUGCCGAGGUUGACUCUAACAUCUCCGGCAGUGAGCAGAUAAUGCUCGACCCAUAUUGCGUUUUCGACCAGUAUUCUCGCACUGAAAAUGGCAAGGGGGAGAAGCGGAAGCGGAAGCAGAAGAAAGGGAAGCAAAAGGGAAAGUGUAUCAUUGGAACGGCGUGCUUACCAGCGGCUGUGGAUGUUGAACUGAGGCUUCUUGCUAUAAAAAGCAUGCCAACAGUUAGUACAAUCUCAGCACCUGCAUGUGGUUCUGUACCCUCUGGUGAAAGACCCCGCGAGGAGGUUAAAUGGGAAGUACUGAACCAUGGCUUGCCAGCAUCGCGUGUUUCAACACUAGCGGAGACGACUGUACAGAGCUCCUUGCUUCCAGCAGAACAUGAGAAGAAAAGACAGAGAGAUGUUUUGGCUGAUUGUAAGAAGCAAGCAAGUACCGCUGCGCCCGCUGGUGAUUCAUCUAUCCAUAGCCUUGCACGUUCUCCUGCUGCUCCUGCUACACUAUUUCAGCGUUGUGCUUCGGCUUGUCCAGCUUCACCAGAAUGCCCAGACCGACCUCACAACAAGCUGGUUAAGAACGAGUUUUUAAACAAGACGGAGCUUGCGAAUAUUGUCGGGGCACGCAGGAGUGAGUACAGGGGCAGGGGUCGUCCAAUGAAAACUAAGCAUGUUCAUGAUGUUCAUACUCCUAGCCAUUUUAUGGUUCAGAUAGAUGUACGUCAGAAUCUUCAACUGUUCGUGCUGCCGAAAGGAAUUGAGAAAUUCUUCAAGGGCAUAGUCCCUUGGUGCAUACAGUUGUGCACAAGCCCUCAUUGCCACUGGAACAUAAAUUUGAGCCGCUAUGAAGAGAAACUGGUCUUCAAUGAUGUCGAAGCUGGUUGGCGGAAGUGUCACGCCCAAUAUGCGAUACUAUCCUAAAGAGACUCGAAGGUCCCACCAAGGAUAGAACCGCAUAUUGAAACGCUUUUGCAAGAUGGAUAUCAUUACAUCAACAUUACAUAAUAGAUGGGGAUCGAGCAGGAGGCUGGCGCUAGGGUUAGCGAGGGAGAGAGGCUGGGCUGGCCUUCGAUCGCCUGGAGGCCCAGCUUGACCUUGGGCAACUUCAUAUGGAAGGGAAAGGCCAGGAGGCCUGCUUGGCUGGCCAAAAGAAAGAAAAGGGGUUUCUUUUCCAUAUUUCAGAAAAAGAAAAGAGCCAAGGGAUUAUUUGGAGGUUCAAAUGCAAGUGUGUCAUGGUCAAUUCCAAAUUAAUGGAAUAUUUACU